AUGGCGUCGGAUAGAGCAGCUUGGAGACGUCUUACCUUUGUAGCUCUUGGAGCCAGCCUAACCAGUGAAAGUUGUUUGAAUGAGAAGCAAAGCAGUUAUGUAAGCAGAUGUCAUUUACUACUAUAUUAUUUGGAGAAAUAUAGAAGUUGGAGUGUUAAAGUAAAUGGGAAAAAUGGAAUCUUAAUCAAUGACAAAUUAUAUAAAAGCAACAAUGAAUCUUAUGAUAUCCCUCUUAAUUGUAUUUUUCGUUUUCCAUCCACAUCACAAACUCUUUUGUUUCGUUCAAUGGAAUGGCCUUUAUCAAAAGAAUGCAUUCAAUAUGUCACCAAUGCACCAAUCCAUGAAAAUAUUUUUGAAGAAUGUAGUAAUAUUGCUGGUGUUAAUUCUUCUUCGACUUCAGAUUGUGUGGAUUCAAUAGGUCAAUCUUUACCGAACAUAAGUGAUAUGUCGAAUUCUAGCAAUGGUACUAUCAAUAAUGAACUGAAUAAUGAUGAUAAGUCAAUUCAAGAAGAAAAGCCAGUGUAUUCUCCCACAAAGUUGAGUUUUCAAGCAAUGAAGAAUUUGUCGGAUAAACAAGCAAGCGGUUCUUCGAAGAAAUUGUUUUGGAGAAUGGAAAGAAAUGCAUCGGAUGUGAGCAGAAAAUCAUUAUUGCAUGAGCCAUCAGAAAAUUUAUCAGAGGUCUUUUGUGAGCAAAAAGGCGAUGGCUGUCUUGAAAGUAUAACUGUGGACUUAAAGUGCUCGAAUGCCAAUGACUGCGCUGAUAACAUUCUUCAGGUGGAAGAUAGCAAUCAAGCAAUAUCGAUGAAGCAUUCAAUAAGUGAAGAAAGAAAUUUUGCAGAAAAAAUGAAAGCUCAAAAUGUUGUGUCUAAUGAAUUAAUAAUAGAAGAUAUGGAUACAAAAAGUAUUAUUCGAAAAGAAUUUUGUUCGAAAUCGAUGCCAAGCUCAUCAUCGUCAUCGUCGCCACCGCCGUCUUCGUCGUCUUUAGUAGCAGCAUCGAAGGUGUUUUGUCAUUUGCCUGAAGCUUUAAUUAAAAUGGAAAUGCUGAAUAGUGCAAUUAAUGGGUGUCGAAAGUCAGAAACCAUUUAUUCUGUCGAUCUUGAUUCGAAUGAUACGAGAAAAGAAAAAAUAGCUGCAAAUAUUGGGACUGAUAACAAAUUGCUGAAUAUACCUCGAUUCGUACAUAGUGCUCCACCUUCUCCAAAAAGUGCUUUGCUUUAUAGCUUCAUGUUUUGUUUAAUGCGCUUAAUUAGCUAUCCGCCGGAUCCGCGGGAGAGGCGAUCUUCGGGAGUGGCGAUGGAAGCGCUUUGUCAAGGGAUUUCCCUUUUAAUGAGACAUAUAUUCGGAACAUACGAACUUGGUCGGAAAAGUGCUGUUCCUUUUCGCGUACGGCAAUCAGUUAAAGAUGGCCGUUCUCGAUUACAAUUAUGCCAUUCUCCACCUGAAUUCCGAACACUUCGUGAUGCAUCAAAGAAAUUAAGUGGAUCAGUGCAAUUUAGACGAAUGAAACCUUAUCAGAUCCAUGCCAGAACGAGUAUUGGUUCAACAUUCAUUGAAGAACAACACAUUGAUAAAAAAGAGCAAAAUCCACCAGGAAAGGAUUUGAAUGAAAAUUUCAAGAUACUUUCAUCGCAAGAGAAACCGCUUGGAGGAGAAUCAAUAUCAUCAGUUGCAGCUGACACAAAUAAUAAUGAAUUUACUGAUGCAGCAACUUCACGAUUAAAAUCUCGCACAAUGAUUGGUAUCUAUGAAAACACUCAAAUGGAGUACUUGCAUAAGCCUGAAAUGAAAAAAAAAAAUCAGUUUCACAGUUUGGAUCGCCAAAUCACAACUAUGAAACCUAUCGGAGUACAUAGCUGCAGCUCAAUUGCAAAGGAUUUGAAGUCAGUUGAAGCAGACGCUGUCCAAACAGAAAUAUCAAACGGAUCUCUGAUUAAAUUCAUUGCUACGAAUUAUUCAUGUCCAACUCGUAAAACUGGUAUCGAUGAAUCUGUCAAAACGAAUCACUUCGCUAUAAAAAAAGAUAACCGAUUACUGGAAUUAGGAAGCAAAAAAGUUAUUCAGCAAGUUAAGCCAAUAAAUGGCAGAACGGCUAUAAAGCGUGCUCAGGAUUCAAUUAAUACAAGUCAUGGUAUUACAACGAUUCAAAUUAAUGUGGAAGAAAAGUCGAAAGCCAACGAUGAAUCGCAAACAAAAAAAAUUCGCGUUUUUGAUAUGGAAAGGCCGACUGUGGCGUUCGAUUCAAAUCUUAUUCAUGAAACAACAAAUGAGUCUCCUUCCGCCUCAAGUUAUGCGCUAGAAAAUUCUAAAACCAAUGCUAUUGAUCAAAAUUUGAUAAACAUGACAAAUCAGUCUCAGGCUUUAGUACCUGCACAUGCUAGCUGUCACAGUCAUAAUGAGCAGUUAUUACGAACGAAAUUAAUGCCUUAUAAUGAAUCAAUUUUCACGACAUAUUCGAAUAAUAAGGGAUAUGGAUUGCGAGGCUUAUUAGAAAAUUCUAAGCGACACCAGGCACUUCCAAAUUUGAAAGAAUUUCCAUCAUUAGUUGGAAUUGAUUCUCAAAGAUCUGCACUUCCUUAUAUUUCUCUGGAAUGUCCUCAAGUAGGAGCACCACAGGCUCUUAGUAUUGGUACUGAUGCUGCACAGUCGUCAUUUAGUGCGUCAACAGUGGACUCUAUAUAUAAAAAUGUGGUGUUACAGCCAAAUUCGACAUCAUUCUUGUCAAAUCAUGAAAAUAUUGAUAAAAUAGGUUUUACAAAUCUUUUAAAGCUAUCUUCAUUAGACACAUUAAAUUUCACAUCAUCUGCAGCUACAUCAUUAUUAAAUAGUUCAUAUUUCGAUUUGCUUGAAAAACUCGUUGCUCAACAAUAUCAGUUGCAAAAUUUAUUGCAAAAUCCAUACCAAUCACUUCAGCAGUUACACAUACAGCAAGAAUUACCUGUUUUGCCUGCUACCGUUGCUGCUACAUCGAAUGCAUUUUCUCCUCAGAAUGCUAAUUCGUUUGUUUCGCCUUUAAUUCCUGCUUCAAAUCUUAAUUUAUUUGUUACUCGAGAACCUACAAAUUUUACGAAUGAAAUCCGAAACGCACCACCUUUAGCAUCCGAUUUAUUGCCUUAUUCAUUAUUAAACAAUGCACACCAACAAAUGAAUGAUCCAAGGUUAAUAAAUAAAGCAUUUUAUGAAUCGUUAUUAGCUGAAAAUCUGAUGCGACGCGAUGAAAUUCAUCCAAUGGAUCGGUUUUAA